AUGUCAGGCCGUUGGCGCAAGUGGCUCGAAGAAGCUGACUCGGCACCGGGCCUGGGCAGGGGAGGCAAUAUUGAAUCCAAGCAACACACACCCGCGGGAGGCACGCACAUCCUAGUCGUGUGGCGCCGUGUCUUGUCGUCUACGAUCGGCAACUUGGUCCCUCGACUUCCUCCUUGGACAGAUGAGGACGAAGACGACGACAACAACUCCAUCAGAGCGUCGCCAGCCAGUGGCGACACCUCUGUGACAUGGCAGGCCUCCAGCCGGAGACGCCAAGCUAGCAGGCGUCGCUGUUCGCCCUCGAAUCCAAGCCGCCACAAUCAUCGCGGCUCUCCAGCUAGCGGCAGUCGCGAACAUCCCCAGUUGAGACACUUCUUUGGUAUCACCCUCCUGCUUGUGUUGCAUGCUUCAGCAGUUUGGAGCACGACCAAGCCUCAUGAAAACCUACAUGUUGUCCUCCAACGUUGCUGGGGUGAGGUUGCAUGCUGUCAACAAACGGGACAUCCUCGUGUCAGAAAGGGCAAACCGGAAGAGGAGCAUUCUGCCCCUUUCGCAGCGCAUCUCGCUUCAACUUUGAAACUGUCGACGUUGCGUGUGUACGUGGACCAUAUACCUCCUGACAUUGCUACAUCAUAUUCUCGACUGAUGUUCAUGACGCAGGCUCGGCUGUGA